GCCGAUUCUCAAGCGCAGGCACAAAUAGAGUCGCAUUCACACAUAACAUGCGCUGACGCCUGGUAUUUUCUCUCUUCUAUACCAUAAUGUCGACCUCCCAACCUCCCCUCCGAUUUUCCUCGCACAAAUCUCUGACCUCACGCCUGAUUUUGUCCACGUUGCUCGGUCGCCCGAUCCGCAUCGAUCAGAUCCGCCCCAACUCACCAACCAACCCUGGCCUUGCGCCUCACGAGAUCUCCUUCCUGAGACUUCUCGAAGCGGUCACCAAUGGCUCGCACAUUGAAAUCUCAUACACGGGCACGGUGCUGCUGUACAAACCGGGGUUGAUUACUGGGUCGGCGCCGGGCAGUGGAGCGGACGGCGUCUCAGGAGUGUUAAGACACGAGAUCCCCGCCACGAAUACUCGGGGGCUGGCCUACUUCCUGAUGCCGAUGUGCUUGCUUGCGCCGUUCAGCAAGGCCAAGUUCAACAUCAUGUUCACCGGCCCCGGCGUGAUCACGAGCUCUACCCCAGAAACGUGGGGGGAUAUGAGCGUGGAUUCCGUCAGGACUGCGAUUUUACCGCUUUACGCGAGGUUCGGCAUCGAGAGGGAUAUCGAGCUGAGGAUUUUAAAGCGGUCCAACCCUGGCCCUAGAGGCCUGGGCGGCGCGGGAGAGGUGCAGUUGGUGUUUGGCCACCAAGUGCGGCUGCCCAAGACUUUACACAUGCUCAAUCCAGGGAGAGUGAAGAAGAUCCGAGGCGUGGCUUAUUCGACGGGCGUCAGUGGCCAGAAUAAUGCAAGAAUGAUUGAGGCAGCGAGGGGUGUGUUGAAUCAGUUCGCAGGCGACAUUUAUAUUUUUUCGGACGUCAGCAGUGCUAGUCUAAUGCCUGCGCCGACAAAGGACAAUCCAGGCGCCAAAAGGAAGGUCGGGCUCGGGUUUGGACUGUCGCUCGUGGCGGAGACUUCGACUGGGUGUCUAUAUUCCGCAGACUCAUCGAGUCCGCCAGAGGGAGGCAAGCCACCGGAAGAUGUUGGGCGGAUGAGCGCAUUCCAACUCCUCGAGAGCAUUGAGAGAGGUGGCUGUGUGAGUCUGGAAGCUCUCGAGACUGUCUUCACCCUGAUGACCAUGGGAUCUGAGGACGUCGGCAGAAUCCAGGUGGGGCGAGAUGUGAUGGCCAACGAGCGUACGAUUCAACUAGCGAGAGAUCUCAAUGCUUUUGGCUCGGCAGGGUGGGGGAUCAGGGAUGUUGAAGGCGAGAAGGGAGCAGGGCAGCUCUUGGUCAGCAUUGUGGGUAGAGGAGUUGGCAAUGUCGGGCGAAAAAUUGGUUGAAGACGAGUCGGUUCCUGAAUCCACGAGCACUCUUGGCCUACGGUCGAACGACAUCAACAUUCAGAUCAUUCAGCUAUGCGAGAUCCUCCAGAGAGGACGAGACUCGCAUAGGCUUGGGAGAACCAGCAAACUACAGCAUCUGGCUCCUCUUCACCUUUCUCCAGAGUAUCGGUUCUGGGAUCACAGCCGAAAAGCGAUGGAUUCUCCCGCGAUCAAGAUCUGCGAUGUCGACACGGCGUUGGAGGUGCGCCGUGCUGACGAGAGGACAGAAGGAUGCCAGCGAUGGAUCCGAUAGUUCAGCGCGGCAUCCAGUCCACUCGCUCAUUAAUAGCAGCCAUGGUCAGCAAAACACGGCCAAGUCGACCAGCUCUCCAUCCGCGCGACACAACACCAAGCCAGAGCCAGAACGAGGAAGAUAGUGUACGCCGACAAAGAAAGUGUAUCACUUCUUCGGCCAGAUGCCGGGUCUUUACCUCGCGCCGAGAUGUUGGCGAGGCUCCGGUAGAGCAGCCAAUAGGAGGAGGGAGAUCGGAGGAUGAUGCCACGAAAUCCCGUGACUCGACGCUACCGGGACGCCCGGAUGUUUGGGGUCCAGGAUGAUGAGCUUGUGAAAAGCUUCCGGCCCUGUUAGCUUUUGCAUAAGGAGGGCACGGUAACGAUACUGUACGCUGUGUAACGCGAUUAGGGCUUGGGAAAAGAACAAGGGAGAAGUGUCGAGGAUUGUUGUCACCAUACGAGGUACUCUUUUGGAGUCCAGUGUGAUACACUGUCGAAGUGUCAGGCACUUGUAGACCGGCGUAAAAGAGCGGGGCGGAAGAUGCGGGAAUAAACCUAUUCUUUGCCAAUGACGAAAUCGCAUGAUGUUUCUUC